AUGGCCAACCAAACAUGUCCAUGCACCGUUUGCAAUACCUGCACGAAUGUCGUUAUUGCCCGUGGCAAGUUAAUGAAUCAGCCCACAUUGCCAACACAAGAAAUACAGUCACAGCACAUACUGGAUGUUUCGCUGCUCCCACUGGGAGUGAACGACAACACCCGGCUUCCCAUUUCACUGUGUCACUGGCAUCUCGCAGACUCUACAGCCGGACAUAUGCUCGCUUCAAGCGCCAUACAAGCCUACAAUGUCACAAGACACAUCCAUCACACAGAUACAGCAUAUUACACAACUCAAGCACUCAUCAUAUUCAGAUCAUCAUGUCUCAGAACCGCUCAGCCGCCAGCACGCCUUGCAGCACUGCUUCACCUGGAGAACCAACAGCAGUUGUUGACCAUUCUAAUUCCGUGA